AUGGCAAGCUUCCGACAGUAUCUCGCUGGCAUCAUGCUAGGCUGGAAAUCGGCUACGUCCCUCUUUGCGGUUGUGGCUAUCUUCUCGACCACGAGGGCAGCACCCACAGGUCUUGCAGAGGGCGCUGCGAAAGCUGCUGAGGCUUUGCAUGGCACUGCCACUGGUGCGGCGAGUCCAGCUUCAUCGGAAGGCUCAGUGAACUUCCUCCUUUCAUCGCCCGAAUCGUCAGUGAACUUCGCUUCUCCCACUGGCAAGCUUCCAGACGCCACGGCUUCAACGGCUUCUUCCCACGCCCAGGGAGCCAAGAGCAGAAAGCCUUCAAAUCGCGCAUCGCUCCAGAUGGUUCCAAGUCGGAGAAGAAAAUUCAGCGCAAAUGAUUUGAACCGCGAAAGAGCUACAAAUGUCAUCAACGAAGCGAUACCUGAAGACAAACUCAGACCCGCCCUCGACGCGCACAAAGCUCGUGCAUGGAUUGGUCCGGUCAAGAAGAUCGGCGUCAAGUUCAGCAGCAACAUACCCAAACAUCAACACGAGAUUUUAGCCCACGCGGCAAAAUUGCACGCGGAGACAUUUGUGCCACAGGCAGACAACGUCAAGGUGCGAUCAAGAAGCUCUGUUGCAGGAUAGAUCUCGUAGCUCAUACUUUUGUUCUGCCUAGGUGUGGAGAACAUUUGGGCCAAGUUUUCACGAACCCAUCUAUCACGCGAAGGCAACAAUGUUCGAGGUGGAGGGCUCGAAACAGCAUCGCAUUGAGGGUGGUGGCAGGACAUCGCUAGGUGAGCAGCCGAUAGCAGACUCGCUUGGAAGAUGUCAGGGCACUGACGCAGGUGCGGAGCAGGCUAUUAUCAUCGGGGCCAUCAUAUCAUGAUGCCUCCCGGUGCGGUCUUUCGGCCUCAUCCGACACGUCCGCACCUCGUUCUUGGCGAUGAUCAAAAGCCGGUCGGAGUGAUGGUCAAAGAAGAGGAGCCCUACGAGCCUUGGGCAAAGCGGAAAUCUACCUUGGCCGAACAGGCCGCCGCUCGGGCCAAGCAGGUACAGGCAGAAGACCUACCGGAAGCUCACACCCAGACUGCGACUGCGGGUGUUGAAGCACCUCGAGCUGAUCCCGUGCAGCUCCGCCUACAUCGCGACCCUAGGUACGAUGGUGGUCGCAUGCUUCCAGCUAGCUUCGACAAGCAGCGUCACAUACCCACAGACUUUCCUCAUGGACUGACGAUACAAUUCCACGAUAGAGUACCUCUUGGGCAACGCAGAGCCAUGCACCUGGCGAUAGUCAACCACGCUUCCAAGUACCUACCUGACGCCACUCAUGCCCAUGUGAGUACAAAAAGCCUGAUUCACGCUUGAGCAGCUUUGACAGAUUUUUCUGCUCGCAUCUUCGGUCGACAAGGCAAAGUAUGCUUUUGGAUCAAGUCCAACGGAGCCAAAGACCCACGCACUAGUUCAUUUUGAACCUUCUAAUCCAGCAGGCUACACAAGCACAGGCAGAUUUUACAGCGGCCGAACCCACGUCUACAUGCAAGAAGGCACGAAGUACAAGAGCUUCGAGAAGCAUAUAGGCUGGGUUCACGCUCAGGACCCGGGCGAAGACGCGCUUAUCGGGACGACUCGUGAUGUGCAUGCUAUGAGGCAAGAGAGCAAGCGACAGCGCGGUGUUUCGACAUCCUCGCAUGAAUCCGAUUCUUCCUUACCCUCUCAUCCUCUUGAGCCAAAGAAGGCGCCAGAAAAUAUACCAGUUGCAUCGUCUUCGAGUCAUUUUAUGCCACUGCCUUCACACUCCGCUAUUGGCUCUAACACACCGCCAUCGUCAAUAGACCAGCCCAAGUCGGGCUCGGCAUCUUCUGUUGUGGCUCAUUUAGCACAUCACUCUUCGCCAGAGCGCAACGCGCUCGGAGGUUGGCCUAGCUCGCCUCAGCACAGCUCAGCUUCGCAAGACUUUUGGAACGCGCUCUUGGACUCGCCCACUCACAAUGAUCGCUAUCUUUAA